ACACUGCGCACUUGGGACCGGCGCGGCGGACUCCCAGAGGGCACACAGCACAAGGCAGCAGGGGCGCAACCAACCAAGGGACCUGACUGUGGACAAGGCCAAGACCCCAGCAAAGAAGAGCACUGAUGGCAAACUUCAAGGGCCAUGCUCUCCCAGGGAGUUUCUUCUUUAUAAUUGGUCUAUGGUGGUCAGUGAAGUAUCCACUGAAGUACUUUCACCAAAGAGGGAAAAAGACCAAGCUAAACCAUCUUCAGCAGCGUCUUGAGCUCAUUGAAGCCGCAGUCAGGACUUUGUUUUCAGUCAUCGGGAUCCUAGCAGAGCAGUUUGUUCCUGAUGGGCCCCACCUCCACCUCUACCAUGAAAACCACUGGGUAAAACUAAUGAACUGGCAGCACAGUACUAUGUACUUAUUCUUUGGAGUCUCAGGAAUCGUUGACAUGCUCACCCUCCUGAUCACCCACAUCCCCUUGGGGUUGGACAGAUUGAUCAUGGCUGUGGCAGUAUUUAUUGAAGGUUUUCUCUUCUACUACCACGUUCGUGACAGACCUCCGCUGGACCAACACAUCCACUCACUCCUGCUAUUUUCUUUGUUUGGAGGAAGUAUCAGUGUAGCCCUAGAGGUGAUCUUUCGGGACAAUAUUGUGCUGGAACUUUUCCGAACCAGUCUCCUUAUUUUCCAGGGAACGUGGUUCUGGCAGAUUGGAUUUGUGCUGUUCCCACCUUUUGGGACACCUGAAUGGGAUCAGAAUGACAAGGCCAACAUCAUGUUCAUCACUAUGUGCUACUGCUGGCACUACCUGGUCGCCCUUUGCAUUGUGGCCAUCAACUACUCUCUUGUUUACUGCCUUCUGACUCGGGUGAAGCGACAUGGAGGAGGAGAGAUAAUUGGGAUUCAGAAGUUGAAGUCUGAUCACACUUAUCAGACUGCCCUUUUGAGUGGCUCGGAUGAGGAAAAAGAUUAGGCCAUGGGUAGAUGGAGACCUCCUAUCCUACUGAACCCAACAGCUGGAGAGAAUGCAACUCCUGCCCUGUUCUGAGGCUUGCCCUAGCCUGUACCUACAGCACUGUAUAUUUGCACCUAUUCACUUAGCUGAAGGCUCUAACACAUGAAAUUAGGCCUCUAGAGUUCUGUGUGUCUUGCUGCUUGGAUUUUUAAUCAUAAUUUAAAGUCUGUGUUAAUGUAAUACCCUUCAUAAAGAAUAAUGAAGUAAUAAUACCUGCAAGCAGCAAGCCUGUGUAACUCCACAUACAGAAACAAGACUGAAAACCUAGAACAGGAAGUGGCUUUCUGGAAGAAACAAGGUAUGAAUCCACCAGGAGAUCAUGCUGCUUUUGAUAAUUUGCUUUUUUUUUCCUCCAAGGAAGCAAGUACUUUAUCAAAAAGAUAUCAGGAGAUAUGUGAAUGACAGUGCCUUUAGUUUAGAACUACAAUUCUAACAAGUAUUUUUUAAAACAAAAGCAAUUCACAAACGUUGGUAUCUUAAAUGUUGUUAAAUAUUUUCUAACUAACCAUAUCAGAACACUGCAAUUCCAGUUGAUAAGGUGUAAAACUAGGCCAAAGGUAAAUUUUUUCAAAUUAGGAAGCUAGUUAGCAGCUGAACUGAGAGUUGGAAUCAGCUGUUCUAACUUCGAAGUUACCCUAAUUAAAGAGGGACGGCAAAUAAGAGGGCAGAUGGGAAUCUGUGUAAUGAAGUGGAGAAAACAAAAAGUUUAUGGAUGGGCUUGAAUUUUAACACAGCUGAAAGUAAAGCUAUGAAUUCUGAAUUAGUAAUUUAAGUCUUGAUUCUGGAUCUGUCUUUUCUAAAACUUCCUUCAACAGAUAUUUCACCAGCACUGAAAUGGCUCUAAGAAUUAAUCCAGUAUGUGUUCAGUAAGGAGCUAAGAAACUAGUAUUAGGGAGAAACUUACACAUGAAUAUAUUCAGUGAUGGGCACUGUCAACCUUAAGUACAAACCAUGAGAGAGGAAGGAGGGGAGAAGAAAGGAGGAGUUUGCCCUACAGAAAGAAAAGGCCUGUUCCAGGCAUAAAAAACAGUAUUACAAAAACAACAGAAGCAUAAAAGGACGUGGAGAAUUGAAUGUAUUAAGUUCUGGAUAUAAAUGGACAAAAGUGGGCUAGCACCAAAUUGAAGGGUCUUAGAGACCAAAGAAUACCUUCCAUUUGUACAGCAUUUUUAAAUUCUGAGAUGCACUCUAUCUCAUUUGGUCUCAUCACUGCUUACACCUUAAGCCCACGCAAUCCUUCAGAGCCUGGUCAGACCAAAGGCACACAGCUACCAUGUGACAAAGCCAGUCUCUAGUAUGACCUGACUGUCCAGUCUUUCUCAUCACCCCACUCUACUUCACACAAGUCCAACAGAAUUGAUAUAAGGCUCGACACGCUCUCUAGAAGAAAAACUGUACUUAAGGAAGGACUACCCAGCCUUUCAGAGUUGAAGUCACAGCUUAGGAAUGAGUUGCUAAAAGCAUUUAGUUAUUAUAGAAUUCUUGGGUCCCCUUUCAGGAUCUAACGUGGUUUGCUAGUUGAGCAGGAACUCAAACAUCUGUUCAAAUAGUACUGUGGGACGUACUGUUAACAAGUAAUAAAAAAUAUGCUCUUGGGCCAGGAAUUUAGCUCAGUGGCAGUUCCUGCCUCAUAAGCGCAAGGUUGUAAGUUUGAUCCCUGGUACCCCCCACCAAAAAAAUAUAUGCUCUUUCCCUAGGGUUGGAGGUGAGAAGAUGAAGCUGUUCUCUGCCUUACUUUCAUAGCAAAGAUACAAAUGAGAUUUUUUUAAGGGAAAAAUAUUUUAAGGAAAUAUAUUCUCCAGAGUAAAAGACUAAAGUAUAAAAUAUUAAAAAUUUUUUUGGUACCCUUCACAGAGCUUGGUUGGGGAUACCUUCAUGGAAGUGAUCAACCCUGGCAUAAAAUGCUCAAAUGUGCUAUUAAAGUAUUCAUCAAAUCCUG